UGUAGCAUUUUCAUUGUCAGAUUUUCUUUUUAACAUUUCAAAUUUAAAAUUCCGUAUGACGCGUCUAAGUCUGUGGACUCCUAGAAGAUGGCACUAUCUGAUCAGGACUCCAACGCGAUGGUCCCUGCACUGUGAUCUAAGGCAUUAUUACAUGGAUGAAUAUUUAAAGCAGAAAUCAAAUCAUUCUUCUGGCACCAUCGAUGACAUAGUGAUAAAGUUAAGAGAGAGCACAGGCGUCGAGAUUGGAUAUAAUCUUGUGCCCAAGUCGCGGGAGAACCUGCUCAAGUACCACCCCAAACAGGAAGAGUUGCCUACGCGCAGCAUGAAUGAUUCCUAUACGAUAGCUACGGUGCCGCUAGACUCAAAUGAGCUGAUACGGGAGCGCUACGUUAAUCAUCUGGGUCUAGUGCGUUUGGGACGUCUGAUGGAGGAUAUGGAUAUGUUUGCAGUUUGGAUAUGUCAUCGACAUAUCAAGCUACCGAACCUGCCGAAGAAUGUGUUUCUGCCCUACACUUUUGUCACAGUACUCGUGGAUCGCGUCGAUUUUAAAAACACAGAGAAUUUAGAGCUGGACAAGCGCUUAGAGCUGAGUGGGUUUGUUUCCUGGACCGGCAGCAGUUCCAUGGAGAUAACCAUCUACGUGCGUCAGCCGCGCAAAGGUCAAUAUGUGAACGUUACCAAAGCUCUCUUCAUAAUGGUCGCCCACAACGCCACCAAUACGGGCUCCGCUCCAGCGAAUAGCCUUGCUCCAGCCGACGAAAUGGAGCAAAAAUAUUGGGAGGCGGCGAACGAGCGACAAAUGGAACGCAAACGGGCUAGAGGUGAAAGUGUGUUCAUCACACCCCCGCUGGAACAUGAGCAAGCCAUCAUGUAUCAUGUGCUCAAGCGAACCACGCCGCACAAUACCUUCGAACUGAACAAACGAAUAUUGCCUCAUCGCUGCCGUUGGAUGGCAGAUAGCCUGUGCUCGACACUGUUGAAGCCAUACCCGCAGAAUCGUAAUGCACAGAACACGAUCUUCGGCGGUUAUCUGAUGCGUAAGGCCGUCGAGCUGUCCGUCGUUAUGGCCAGUGUCUAUGUAGGGCACGCGCCUAGAUUGAAAUGCGUUUCGGACAUCAGCUUCCUUAAGCCUGUUAUGGUCACCGAUUUUUUGCAGAUGAACGCCCAUGUGGUAUAUACGUCGCACAAUUAUCUACAGCUGAUGACCAUUGCACAGAACUUCAAUACGGAUCGGCGAGAGCAUACAACGACCAACAUAUUUUACAUCACCUUCAAGGCGGACACCAUUGUGGAUGAGGUACUGCCGGGCUCGUAUCGUGAAAUGCUCUGGUAUAUACAUGGACGACGCAAGUUCUUGAGCGCACUCCAUCUUCAGAUGCAGUACCCUCUGGCCAAUAAUAAUGAAGGCGAACUCAAGGAUUCACCGGCUAAGGCGCCUGCAAAAUAAUUAAGGCAACACUUAGAUUGUUCUUUUCCUCAUACCUCGACACUUAGUUCCGGUUCUGUAAUUUUUUAUUUUCUUUUUACAAAAUUGUUUGUAAUCAGCGGGGCUUGUACAAAGUAUUUAAAAAGUCCUUAAA